UGUUUGCUCAUGUGGGUCCGCCGCUCGUUGACCGGGUGAACGCCUCUUUCGCUCUCGAAUUUCAAUUUAGACAGUAUUCAAUUCCACAUCUUCCCCAGAACCAAUCAUCAACCGAUAACCAAACCACCCGCGGCAUCUUGACGAAGGCCAACUGCAUCCACUCGUUCUAGCGGGGAAAGGGAAUAAUCAAAAGAAUCAUUCGCUCCUUUACGACACUCUUCUCCAAGAUGGAUUUCAGCAUGGAGAUUGACAACCCUCGCAAGCGCUUCCGGGCAGAGCUGGAGGUCGAAGGCGAUCGCUUCGCGAAGAAGGCGCGUCAAUUGGACGCGGACCGCGACGUGCCUACAAAUGAUUCCACACCACCAAGCCCCUUCGAGUCCGGCCCGUCAACACCCGCCUCCAUCGACGUCGAGAUGGACGAUAUCUUCUAUGCGCCGAAACCCACCCCGCAAACUCAGCCCAAACCGCAGGGGCAGCCACAAUCUCGCGGCACAAUCAUUUCAGGCUGGAAUCAAACUCGCCGGGAUCAAUAUCUGAGACAAGGCUAUCCCUUGAGCUGGAUGCCGUCUUCGAAGCAAUGAGUUUGGCAUAUCAGAUGGCCUGAUGGAGGGCUGACGAGACGGAAGGGAACGGCGAGGAAUUGUAACACAACACAUGUACUCUACAACAUCAGCAUCGGGCA